CUCCUUUCUUUUCUUGAUAACUUGCUUGACAUUGACAGCUGAUUUGUUGUUAUGUGGAGUAAAUUUUAUAUUGAAUUUACAGUUAUUUACGGUACCUAAUUUUUACUAAAAACUUACUUUACACAAUAAGUAAUAGUAGCAUGUCUGAAAUAAGAAAACGCAAUAAGAGCUCUUCAGCAAAAGACAUUUCAGACAAAAGUGAUAUAGAAAUAAAGCCCUGUCUUAGGGAGCAUAAUCACAAGUUUCCUCUUAAGAUUAUAUCACGGAUUGUAGUAGCUAUAUGUUUAUUCACUAUUAUUUAUUUCAAUUCUAAAGAUGAAGGAAUCAAAGAAUUUGCAAAACAAUCUGAACGUAUAGGUGGGAAAGGACAUUCCGUCAAAUGUUCGGAAGCAUUCAGAAGGGAGUUGACCCAAUAUGAAGGUUGUUUGCCUAAAUCCUGUGGUCGGUAUGUGACGGACAAAGUUGUAACUCCGAGAGAAGUGGAGGAGCUGCUUGCUAUAGCAAAGAAGGGUCUAGAACUGGGAGGCUCGGCGGGAGGAGCCUCCAUACUGGACCUGCACAGUGGAGCGCUGUCAUCUGGGAAACAAUUUAUUAACAUCUAUAAAAUACCAGAUGCAAAAGGCUUGUUCACCGAGUCCGAUUUCACUGUUUAUAGGGUGGUGAAAGAAAAGAUAAAGUAUGCAGUAUCACAUCACUUCAAUGUUGACCCAAACAAAAUAUAUUUGACACAUCCUACUUUCUUCAGUAAGAUUACAAAUAAAGAAGCAGUCACUCAACAUGAUGAAUAUUGGCACCCACACGUAGAUAAAGAAACAUACAAGUCAUUCCAUUAUACCACCUUACUCUAUUUAAGCGAUUUUAAUAUUGAUUUUGAAGGCGGAAGAUUUAUUUUUAUUGAAGAGAAAUUUAAUAGAACAGUUGAACCAAGAAAAGCUAGGGUUAGCAUGUUUACAAGUGGAUCGGAAAAUCUCCAUAAUGUUGAAAAAGUUACAUCAGGAGUUCGAUAUGCUAUGACUAUUUCAUUUACUUGUGAUAAGCAAUUUGCUAUUGAGGAUCCUAGUAUCAAUAAAUUAUUACAAUCUUGAUA